AUGUCAACAUCUGAUUUCCAUUGGUUCGAUACAACAACUUCCACUGCAAGCCCAUGGCUAACAACUACUACCGCAAGUACCCCUUGGCCAAUUGCUACUAGUAGAAGUCCGUGGUUAACAACUACUACCACAAGUACCCCUUGGCCAAUUACUACUAGUAGAAGUCCGUGGUUAACAACUACUACCGCAACUACCACAUGGCCAACUACUACUAGUAGAAGUCCGUGGUUAACAACUACUACCGCAAGUACCACAUGGCCAACUACUACUACCAAUACAACCCCGUGGCCAACAACUACUAGAAGAACCUCGUGGCCAACAACUACUGCAAGAACCACAUGGCCAGCAUCAUCUCCAUCCACAUCAUCGUUUAAUAAAGUAAAUAUUUUAUUGGCACGAAAUGUUCAGCUACGGGCUACAUCAUCACCGAGCGAUUAUUCUACAACAAUAACCUGCGAUGAUCCCAGCAUUCUUCCUUAUAUAAGAAAAGAUGUUAGUCAAGAUUCUACAUUAACUAUCUCAGCAACGAGCGACUGUGAUGUGAAUAUUCGGGCCUAUAAUUAUCAAGCAAUACACAUUGACACUGUAUCUAGAUUAAUUAUGACAGAUUAUUCAUAUAGAGGAUAUCAAUUAAGAUUCGUCAGCAUGGGCAAUUCACAGAUUGAUAUAAUUAAUGUUGAUUAUGAUUUCGCUGAAUUUCUUUUCUUGGGCAAUAGUACAGUGAAACUGGGUGGAAAUAUCGGUGCACUGACUGUUGUCACUCGAGGUAAAGGAUCCGUUGAUGCAACUCAUGUGGCAACCCCACAUGUCAACGCGACUCUGUCGGGUAUCGGUUCACUUCAAGUGAAAUCAACAGUGAACAUGAAUUUAAUCGUAGAGGGAACGGGUAAUCUAACUUGGUGUUCACCGAAAGUUCAAAUGGAUGUGACACCAGAUGUUUAUGGAAAGACAAGUAUUCUCUAUCAAUGUUAA